GACUCAUCCACCUGUAGCGGUCGCGCGGAGCUCACUUUGCAGGACAAGAGCACCGUUACCCGGGCUGCUCCUGCCUCAAACACCGCUCUCUGGAGCCAUGCUGCUGCUUACCUGUGUGCAGGUCCUGUUUCUCCUGGGAACUGGAGCCAAAGGAAUAUCAGCGACAAAUGCCACCACCGAGAACACAACCCCACGGACCUCCUUCUCCAGUGAAACUCCAAUCAGCACCGCCGGCCAAAAUCCAACCACCAAUCAGAACACGACUUUCACCUCUUUACCCGCAUCCAGUCCUUUGAGGGGAGACACCACCAUUUUGUCCACCACCAAGAGAACUGCCCAAACCUCUGCUCCAUCAGCCACAACCAAAGAAGAUGCAAACUCCACCACUCACAGCAAUAAUUCUGCAACUAGUCCUAUCCAAACAUCCAUGAGUAUUAUGCCAGGUCAAAGUCACAGUACUACACAGCUGAACACCAAUGCAACCACAGCAUCACCCAGUACUACUAUGAUAAGCACUACUGCAAAAAUAGAUGCCACAACGCUAAACAAUGCUAGUAGCCACAACACUGAAUCCACAAUGGUUACAAAGCCAUACAGUAGUUCUACUCCGCAAGACAGAAACACAACUAAAAGUACUCCUAUGACAGAGACCACGGGAUUUACGGAUGGGAAUACAAGUUUAACAACUGCUAUGGCAACGGGCACUCCAACACAUCAAGUGAAUUUGACUACACUUAGCACACAAAGUAUAAGCGAAAGUAGUAUUACUACUAUUACUUCAGGCCCAAAUAAUACUGAACAUACUACUUUGAUGGGUAGUACUCCAAAUACUGCAAAUCAGACAACUUCAGUCACCCCUUCUCAUAGCUUUACUACACUGAGUACACAUACAAGCCAAGUUAACAUUACUACUACUAUUACUAGUGCUCCCAGCAAUACUGAACAUACUACUUUGAUGGGAAGUACCCCAAAUACUGCAAAUCAGACAACUUUGGUGACACAACGUCACAACUUUACAACACUGAAUACACAUAGUACAAGCCCUGACAGUAACGUUACUACUACUUUUACUUCAAUCUCGCCUAAUACCGGAGGUCUAAGUACUCCCUUUGGAAACCACUCCACAACACAAUCGGCCCAUACCAACAGUACUGCGCACACAGCGUUGGUAUCUACGACAUCAAAUUCUACCACCCAGUCAAGUACAAGUCCUGGAAUUAAUACGACUACUUCAAAUAGUACACAAGCUAGUACUCCCAUGGCAUCAAGUACUCCCAUUGGAAAUCACUCCACAACCCAGUUUACUACAUCCAGCUCACAUAGUACUAGUACUAGCAAUAUGACUGAACACACAACUUUGCUUUUAACUACCCCAAAUACGUCAAAUCAAACAACCUCGAUCACUCAUGGUAACUUUACUACAAUUACUUCACAGAGUACGAGCCCAAGUAAUUUUACUACUGCUAUUACUACAAACAACACUGGAAGUACAACGUCUAUGGUACAAACUACUAACGCUCUAAACCAGUCUACAACAUCUGUCACCCAACCGAACAAUAUUAGUACUACAACUACUAAUACUACUACUACUACUUCACUGAUGACAACUGCAAAUACAGGAAAUCAUACUACUCCUUUGACAGUUAGUACCCCUAACUCAGGCAAUAGUACUACUCCUAUAGGCAGUACCUCAACUUUACUAUCAUCAACAACCCAACCAAGCCACAAUUCUACAACUGCAAGUUCAACAACUCCAGAAAGAACCACACAAAAUACUUCUGUGUCUACUCCAGUCCCUAGCACGGUCCUUACAACUACUUCAACUAGUAAAGAGACUUCUUCAUCUGGAUCCACACCCUUUCCACCUACUACUACCAAUACCACUACUACUACUACUAUCCCUUCUACAGUCACCUCCCCAGGCAGUAGCACCGUAAACCCUACCGGAAAUACCACCAACCCUAGUCCCUCAGCAACAACCCCAGGAGUGCCGACCGGUACUGUAAUAACCACUCGAUCAACAUCCCAGACAGUCGUCACAACUGUUACCAUGGCAACAGAGACGUCUCCAAAAAACACCGUGACCACUGGCAUAACCACUCAGACACCUACAGGGGGCAGCACCGGCACGACUGCAGCUCCCACCAACGCUACUGUGGCCCCGGUCAUCGUUUGUCCCGAGAAGCCCUGCCCAGCUGAAAGUGUCUGUCUGAAUAGUUCCUGUGCCUGUGUGUCUGGAACCUAUUUGAACCACGGCCAAUGUGUGAGAGCCCAAGUGUUCCCCGGGCAGCUCCGUGUCGUCUCUCUGACUUUUUCCAAAGAAAUGAGCAACAGAUCCUCAGCAGCUUUCCAAAAUACGGCAGCGAAGAUUUCAGCUCAGCUUUUUCAGAUUCUCAAAGGCCAGAAGGGUUACAUCAGGUCAGACGUUAUAAAGCUAACAAACGGAAGUGUAAUCGCAUCUGUGGACAAUAUCUACGAGAACACAAACAUCAGUGUGACCGACGUCAACAGGGCCAUAGACCAAGCUAUAAAGGCAACAAGUUCUGGACUUCUGUCCAACGCAACUUAUAACGCGGGAGACUUGUGCCAGUCGGGGCCCCUCGCUCCCUGUGAUCUGAGCACCACCUCCUGCUCUGAUGUGAGCGGUCGUGCCAUAUGCACCUGUUUAUCAGGCUACGUCACCAUCAACCAGCUCUACUCCAACACCAGCUGCAAAGCUUGUCCCAGUGGUCAAAAGGCAGUUGAUAAUGCAUGCGAACCGUGUUCAUUCGGCUACUCUGGCUUCAACUGCAACGACUCUUCGCUCUUGGCAGUGGUGGUGGUCUCCUGUGUGUUAGGGGGGAUCCUGCUCAUAUUGAUUCUGGCUCUGCUUGCGUACUGCUGCUGGGAAUGCUGUUCUCCUAAGAGCGAGUCCCAUUUUGACAGUCCAUACUCAGUGACCAACCCAAACCAGCCCUGGCCCACUGACAUCACCCCAAUCCCACGAGCCACCACCCACUGGGAGCCCGGACCGUCCAUAGAGCUGACAGAAGGGGGCAGCACUCGCGCCCUUGUAGACAAAAAGAACCAAACCAAUGGUCUGCUAAAACCCACCGGAUGGAAAAAGACGGGUUCCUACGAUCUUCAACCCAGCGACAUGAAGACUUUUAAAGGCAAAAAUACAUCACGUUACUCCUAUCUAGUCCAAGGACAUGAGAAUCCCUACUUUCUCCCUGGCGAAGAGUCGAAAAAGUAAACUCACGGACACUUAAAUCGACCAAUCAGAAAGGAGCAUUCUGGACUUUAGAGCCUCAUCUUCCUCAAAAGAUUUAUUUUUAUUUAUUAUAUAUUUUAUGCUUAAAAAUAAGGAAUUUGCGUAUGGACUUUUAAGCUGGCAUCUUAUACCAAAGAGAUUCAUUUAUAUUAUUAUGUUAUUGUACUGUACAUUGAUCAAACAAAACUUACCAGUAUUGUGUCCAUGUACUUAAAACAUCAUAACCACCGAUUUUAAAAUUGACUUUUGUAGCUUUAAGUCAUGUUAUAAUGUUGUUACCUGCUCAAAAACAGGCCUGGAGUUGUGUUUUAUUAUUAGUCUGUCUACAUCUCCAAAGCUCGAAAUGCUCUGUUCCACCUUGUGAUGUCAUGAAGUGGUAACAGCUACGUUUAAGCUUUAGCUCAGUAGAUAUUGGCAAUUCCAGGACUGAAAUGAUCCAAAUGAUUCUAUUGAAGGUGUAUGGAGUUUAAAAACACAGUUUAGCACUUCCAGUAUUGCCACAUGAUGACAUCACAAGGUGGAACAGAGUGUUUUCCGUUUUAGAAAAGAAGAAAAUCUGCAGAGUUUGUGUGUAAAACAUGUGUGAAUGAAACAAAACACAACUCCAGGUCUGUUUGUGAUGAGAAAACAGUGUUAGAACAGAGAUUAGAGACCCUUUAAACAUUUUAACCACAUAUUUUAAAGACACAACAUGGAACUUUCAUGACCCUGUUACAUUCCACAGUAUGGCAUUGAAGUUAACCAUUUUGCAUUUAUUCAAUUAUGCAUGUUUUUAGUGCUUAGAAAUACCUCGAAAAAGCAUUUUUACUACGAUUGGAGUCCCCUCUCCACGUAUCUGACCUGUAACUUGACCAUGUGAUGUUACUUGCUCGUCUCCAUGGAUACAAUGGAGUCUUCUUGCCAAACUGCAGCGGAACAUUCAAGGUAAAGCUAAAAUAUGUCCUUGGAGUUAAACGGUUCAUUGUAAUGGCUGAACUAAAGCUCAUGUAGGAACUUUUGUCCAGAUGUGCACAAUAAGGGAAUGCUGUUAUAUAUAUUGUUAUAUUACAUUAUACAGUACACUGGGUGGUCAUAUUGUUUUGCUUGAUCCAUCUACAGUACAAGUAGUGCUGUUUGCAAUGUAUGACGUCUGUAGGCUGAAUGUUGCUGUUUUUACCACUAGAUGUCAGUGUAACUCACUCUGAUUUUCUACUCUAGUCCUUUUUUUAUACUUCAAUCAUGAGAGUUUUUGAAUAGUAUUUUGUAAUCAUUGCACUAAAGCGUGUCUAAAGUUUACUUAAACACUUUCUGAAAAUCUUUGAAAUGUAAAAUGAUAAAAAGUUGAUUCUUAUAAUUGUUUUUAAAGGGCUGGAUCCCUGUUCGGGGCUGUUUUUAAAGGGAUUGGGGUGAAACGGUGUGUUUGAAAUGAAUCCUGUCUCUCCCACAUGUGCCAAUAAAGCUCGUACUUCUGUGUAUUUAUGCUCAUGUUGAUAAAAUGUUUUGUAAAUAAGAUGAAAUAAAUCUGUAUAAAUCUGUGUGGACUUAAUAAAAGGCGUA